CGAUACCAUGUCCAACAACGGAAACGCGCAAGCAGAACAGGAACCAGAGUUUGAUUUCUGGGACUUCGUCGACUGCUCCAUAUGCCAUCUUCCUUUCAUAUCGAACGAUCGGGGCGGACCUCCUCCUGUUCCAUUUUGGAUCACAGAAUGCGGCCAUGUUCUUUGCAACAACCAUCUCAAGCCAGAUCAGAGUUGUGCACAAUGCAACGGCCAGAACAUACAACUGGUUCCCCUACACCGAGAUCUGGAGCCCCCGAUGUCAGACUGGUUUAGAACUCUUCCUUAUUCACUGGAUUCGAUAGCAAACGCUGUAAAAUUUCAGCAAGACACAUUCGCCGGUCUCAUCCGCUACUAUCGGCAAGCUUGUUCCCAGCUUAGCCAGACGUGUGAACGUAUUCGAGCGGAGAGGAAGGCUCUUCGAAAAGAAGUAGACAGCUUGCGGCGAGAAGUGGAGCGUCUACGCCAGUGCCCUUCUGGCUUCGGCCCUGCUCAUACUCAGGAACCCUCAUCUUUUCCCAACGCGAAUGGCAAGCGUCAGAUGACUGAUAUGCGCGAUUUCAAGGCAAGCUCCAGCCCAAGGUCCAUCGUCACCCCAGUCGGACCAAACAGAAUCACCUUGCCGCUCGGGGAACAACCAAACUUCACUCGUCAAGAUCAUGAACGAAUUUCAAGCCAGACACGUCAGCCGGAACGACCUGGAACGAGUCGUUUUGCGGAACAAUAUGCAUAUAAUGAUGAACAGGGAUCACGCAUGCAGGCUGCACAGCUCUCUCACGAACAAUCGGUACCUACUCGCCACCUGCGAUUAACGUCCGGCGAACAAGGACAUCGUUCUAUGCCACCUCCACCCCCACCGAUACCAGGUUCACGAGGUCGUUUCAGACCCGCGAUGGGCUCAACGGACACAAGAACCACAAAGACGUCAAACGCCCAGACUGCUGAACCACAAAUGGCCCACCAGCGACCUCCGCCAUUGGCUUCCAGGCCUCAACAGCGCUCAUUCGUUGUCCCGCAGACCCCACAUCGCGCUAGUGGUACCCACUUCACUGGUCAGACAUCCGACCAAAUGCGCUCACUCCAGUCCAACCGUUUCAUACCACCAUCUUCACAUGGACGUUCGAAUACUGGCGCAGGUGCAGUAACAUCCUCUAACGUUCCAGGGACCUCGUCUGGAGGACAUAGGAUGCCAUUCGUGUCAGGGGGUGCUAAUGGAUUCGGGUGACCUUAUAUACUCUUAUAUAUCGUACAAUCCUCUCCAUCGGGUAUGCAAUGAAAUGUCCACUUGCGCGUUGCUUGAGUACUCUUUACAUAAAUGAGAUCAUCCCCGAGCGAA